CUGUACAUGACGUAAUCAACCCGGAUGUCAACAAAAUGUUUAGAGUUUAGCGGCGCGCCGCUGACGGGACCUGUUGGCCAGAAAACUAAAUAUUUUAGGAUCAAUUAUGAAACUAAUGCGGUCUAAUCUUUGUGCCUAAUGGAAGCAAACUAAACAACGUACUACUGCGUGCUUUCAAAGAUAAGUGCAACAACAAGGAGUUUCAACAUGACGACGUCUCCGUCAAACAAGGUCAAUGUUGUGCUUGUCAUGGCCUACGGAAGUCUAGUGUUUGUGCUGCUGUUCAUCUUUGUGAAGAGGCAGAUCAUGCGCUUUGCUAUGAGGUCCCGCAGAGGACCACAUGUGCCCCUUGGUCACAACACACCAAAGGACCUAAAGCAGGAGAUGGACUCGCGCCUCUCUAAGGUCCAGGAGAUCCGCUUCGAGCCCCGUCUGCUGUCUGGUGAUGAUGACCGGCUACAACACGGCGGAUGCUAUGACUACCUCUACCGGAUGAGAGCGCUGGAUGCCAUCAGAGACUGUGACAUCUCGUUCCGUGAGCUGGGAGGAACUCCCACAGCUGUGACAGGAAGGAGGUUCAGAACCUGGCUGUUAGAACUCCGGAACUCCAGUUCUGUGUUCCGUAACAGAAGCAGUUCCCUGGUAGACACACUGCUGGAGGGAUACCAUAAUGCUCGCCACGGCACUGGGGUGUUUGGAGAAGCGGAGUUUGUUCAAUACCAGGAGGCUCUGACUGAGCUGGCCACCCUCGUGAAGACCCAGGCCAGCUCGGCUGCUGUGACCCAGCAUCACCAGGCCGCUGCUAAAGACCUGACCAGCCCUCCAGACCCUCCCCCCUCCUCCCCCCCCCAGGUCACCUACCUCCCGUCGGCAGGGCAACGCAGCAAGCGUCCCAAACACUUCUUGGAACUCAAGAACUUCAAAGACAACUAUAACACUCUGGAAAGCACCUGGACAUAGAGGAGAUAUCUGGGGGUGGGAGAGGGGUGGAGGUCUGAGGGAGGGAGAGGGGUGGAGGUCUGGGGGGGGAGAGGGGUGGAGGUCUGGGGGAGGGAGAGGGGUGGAGGUCUGGGGGAGGGAGAGGGGUGGAGGUCUGGGGGAGGGAGAGAGGUGGAGGUC